AUGUUUGGUGCAGUUGUGGCUGUUGUUGCUAGCCUACUGUUUGUUGCAGCACAGGAGGAACGAAUCGGAGGUUGCUCCGAUGAACAUUCGAGCUGCACAAGCCUCCAUCCCAGGCCGAAUUGUGAUGACCUCUUCACUCAAAUCAUUUGCCCUGAAACUUGCGGACUUUGUGUCACCACAGUCAAGCCGACCGAGCAAGUUCCAUAUCGCUCCACCACUCAGUCGAUGACCCCGCCAUUGCCCGAUCCCAGCCCUACGCCGUCGGAACCAGUACCGUCUGCUCCUGGACCCACACCAGAGGUAUCGAAGAUGCCACCUCACCCCACACCCAGACCGGAAACACUGACGCCUCCAUUAGCAGUGUCGACUACUGAAGCAUCAACACCAUCGAAGUCGACCCCAGGAGAGCAGGAGGUACCGAAGCAGAGCACAUCAGAGUUGCCGCCAUUGAAGCGAACUACAUCAGAACCGUUGGGGACCAAGCCGAUCACAGCGGAACCUGAGCCAACCACAUCGGAGCAGCCGGAGUUGUCGUCACUAGGGUCGACGGCGGCAGAACCGUUGACACCCAAGCCGACGGUAACCGAGCCGCCCGCAACGGAGCGGGAGACACGGGAGCCUCCAAAGCCAACGAGGCCGGAGCCGACGACGCUGGAACCGCCAGUACCAGAGACGACUACAAAGGAACCGAUACCGGAGGUAACAACAGUGAAGCCGGAACCUACGACGGAGCUGUGGACAGUGGAGCCGACGACGUCGGUACCAUUAUAUCAGACCACCAAGUCGGAAGCAACGGUCCAACCUCCUCCAGAUCCACGGCCAAUCCCUGAAAGUAAGAACUGA